UACGGCACACAUGGGAAUUCACAAACGAGCACCCGAUACGAAGCGUCUUCCCCUUAUGGCCCGUCUACGGCCUGCCCAUGAUGUUGCUGAGAUGGCUGUGGAUCGGAAACGGCAAGGAUGGCGAGAUUCCCCCAAUCGCAGUCUUUUGGACACUUCGCGUCCUCAUGUUCGUCACCAGCUUUGUGCUGGAGGAUUGGGCCAUCCAUGAGCUCAUCAGCUCUCCACGACACCGUCGCGUUGCUGUGCUCCUGGUCGCCUCGUCCUAUGUCACAUGGACGUACCAGACGCACACGUUCUCCAACUCGGUCGAGUGUCUCGUUGUUGCUUGGUGCUUGGUCUUGAUUCAGCGCAUUGUCGAGAGCCCGCAACAAUCAUCGCUUCUUGCUUCUACGAUUCUCGGCAUAGUGGCCGUCUUUGGACUGUUUAAUAGAAUUACUUUCCCGGCGUUCUUGUUAAUUCCGGGCCUUCGCUUGAUACCCCAUUUUCUCAAUAGACCCAUGUCCUUCACCGUGAUGGUGUUGGCAGCUCUCACGACUACCUUGGUCGCCAUCACCCUGGAUACGGCAUUUUACCUCCCUGAACCCAUCAAGUGGGCAGACCUCAUCUCACGGCCAGUCAUCACGCCACUUAACAACCUCAUGUACAACAUCGACACAGACAACCUUGCGCAGCAUGGGUUGCACCCUUGGUACCAGCACCUACUGGUCAAUAUUCCCAUGCUGAUAGGCCCAGCUGCAAUGUUGCUCUUCACUCAGCCAUACCUCUCAUUACGACUCUACUCGGCCAUCUCUGGUGUCUUUGUGUUGUCUAUCUUCCAGCACCAGGAAGCUCGAUUCCUCCUCCCGACUGUUCCGCUCAUCCUCUCGUCAGUUCACGUCCCCAAGAAUCGGACUGUCCUUCGUGUGUGGAUCGGAGUGUGGCUUGCUUUCAACUUGAUCUUUGGCAUCCUAAUGGGCGUCUACCACCAAGGCGGUAUCGUGCCGGGCCAGGUAUUCUUGAGCAAGCAGCCAGACGCGACGCAGGCCGUCUGGUGGAAGACGUAUACGCCACCUAUUUGGCUUCUCAACGGCAAGAAUGAGGUGCUCACGACGCGCGACGUGAUGGGUAUGAAGGGUGACACGCUCCUGGAGGAGCUGACCAAGCUGGCGACCUGCGACACGCCAGCGGAUCGACGCAACUCGGAGUAUUUGAAGGAGAAGAACGGAACAUAUCUGAUCGCACCAGCAUCAGCGACGUGGAUAGACCCCUACCUUCCCAACAAGGGACUGAAAGGCUUACGGUUUCGCGAGGUAUGGCGUUACAGGCAACACUUGAACCUAGACGAUCUCGACUUUGGUGACGACGGCAUCUGGAACACCCUGACGAGGGUGAUUGGCAGACGUGGUCUUGUCGCCUGGCGUGUGACGAAGAGUUGCAAGUGA